UGUUUUUAACCUAAUGUCCUGAGGUUCUUGGAAGCCUCAGCGCUUAUCCAAUUAAAGCGUUAUCUCUCCUUUGGGCUUAAAGAUUAAGCGUAAACUCUCUGCGGUGGGUUUCAGACAGAAAUCACAGGUGCCAUCUUCUCUGCGCAUUGAUUUCACUGCCACUUCUCUGUGGGAUCUGUGACCAAAACCAAGAUCACAAUCCUAAAAAGAAGUGAUGGGCUCCUACAGCUCAAACUUGGAUGACAUCUUGGAGGAGGACAUGCAUCACUGGUACACAAAAUUCAUGAGGGAAUCUCCAUCAGGACUAAUCACUCUGUUUGAGCUGAAGACGAUGCUUGACAUGAACGGCAUGACAGAAGAGGCCAACAGUUAUGUGGACCAGGUGUUCUAUACCUUUGAUAUGGACGGGGAUGGCUAUUUAGACUUUGUGGAAUACAUCGCAGCUAUAAGUUUAUUGCUGAAGGGAGAAGUAAAUCAGAAAUUAAAGUGGUACUUCAAGCUUUUUGAUCAAGAUGGAAAUGGGAAAAUUGACAAGGAUGAGCUGGAAACUAUAUUUAAGGCUAUUCAAGAUAUCACCAGAAGUUACGAGAUACCUCCAGAGACAAUUGUGACUCUUAUAUACGAGAAAAUUGACGUCAAAGGAGAAGGUGAGCUGACGCUGGAAGAGUUCAUCAGCGGAGCGAGGGAGCAUCCUGACAUCAUGGACAUGCUCACAAGAAUGAUGGAUCUCACACAAGUCUUGAAAAUCAUAGUCAAAGGUCAAAGGAGGAACGCCGUGAAUUGAGAUGUGAUUCCACAAAGUGGAUUUUUGCUGAGUUAUACAUUGUAAAUAAUAAAAAAAAAAAACAAGACUGUCGUUGAAGGAUUUGGACUUAAUCUCUGUCAGCAACAAACUAAGUGGCUGACGUGUCACUUUUAACUCGGACUGUGCUUGCAGAGCUUUAUUUACGGUUUUGAUUUAGGAUUAAAACAUUUUUUGCAAAAUAUUUUGCUAACUGACUGUUGGGGAAACUUCGAGUCGUGGUUCCAGGUCAGUUCGAAGCAAACAUCUUGAGAUCAAACUGAAUUCUGACUGGUUGUGCUGAAUUCAUUGCAUUUUUCUGUUGGUUGUUGAAGUUAAAAAAUACAAACGGUACCUAGAGGUGCAGCAAGCAUAAAAGUUUUCUGUAUGUACAUGUUUAUAUCAUGGAUGUUACAAUAUGUUGCCACUAUUAAUAUGAAAGUGAUGCCUUUAUGAAUAGAACAGUGUUUGUUUUAAAAUUUGUUUCACUUUUUGAAAGACUUUUGUCAAAAUCCUUGUCUAAGAUGAAAUCCACACGUGGAAGACAUUUAUUUAAACC